GCCGAAGAACAGGGCCGCUCUCCUGACAGUGAAUAUAAACCCGAGCUCCAGGUGAAGUCUCUCAUCCACAAGAUCACUCAGCAACCAUGAGGUCUCUGGUCUUCGUUCUGCUCAUCGGAGCUGCCUUCGCCACUGACGACGACAAGAUCGUCGGAGGGUAUGAGUGCACCCCCCACUCUCAGCCCCAUCAGGUCUCCCUGAACUCUGGCUACCACUUCUGUGGAGGCUCCCUGGUCAACGAGAACUGGGUUGUGUCUGCUGCUCACUGCUACAAGUCCCGUGUUCAGGUCCGUCUCGGAGAGCACCACAUUGGAAUCAACGAGGGUACCGAGCAGUGGAUCAGCUCUUCCCGCGUCAUCCGUCACCCCGACUACAACUCCUGGAACAUCGACAAUGACAUCAUGCUGAUCAAGCUGAGCCAGCCCGCCACCCUCAACCAGUACGUGCAGCCUGUGGAUCUGCCCUCCAGCUGUGCUCCCGCUGGCACCAUGUGCUUGGUCUCCGGAUGGGGCAACACCAUGAGCUCCACCGCUGACAGCGACAAGCUGCAGUGCCUGAACAUCCCCAUCCUGUCUGACAGGGAUUGCAAAAACUCCUACCCCGGCAUGAUCACCGAUGCCAUGUUCUGCGCUGGAUACCUGGAGGGAGGCAAGGACUCUUGCCAGGGUGACUCUGGUGGCCCCGUUGUGUGCAACGGCCAGCUGCAGGGUGUUGUGUCCUGGGGAUACGGAUGUGCCGAGAGGGACCACCCCGGCGUCUACGCCAAGGUGUGCAUCUUCAACGACUGGCUGGAGAACACCAUGGCCAGCUAUUAAGUGAUCCAUGUUCACCACCAAGUCCAGACAACAGCUCACCACCAUUAGCUGUUCAUAAUCCAUCUUUUUGCACUGGACAAUAUGACAAAUAAAAGAAUUAAAGCAAUUCA